AUGAACUGGAAACGCAAGAAACAUCCACGGUUGUUCAACAUUGGACAGCGAGAGUUCACGUUGCAGUAUCUGCUGUUAUGUCGCUCGAAAUAUUACGAUACGGUGAUCGUCGACUUGGAUGGAUACUCUUUUCUUGACAGGACAAUCGAUUUCGAGGUCGUAAAUAAGCUCUUGGUAAGUAUAGCUGUUAUUUUUUCUUGUUUUAGGUAUCAAUCGUAAGGAUGAUAAUAUAUUUGCGCAAUUUACAGAGUCUUGGCUAUGUGAACCAUUUGAGGAAUAACUUGAGGGACGGAGAGUAUCUGCGGGCCAUGUCACGUAGGUUUUUUUGCUUUUGUGGUUAUCUUACACUUUUCUCCGAACUGCCGUAAUGUAUAACAUCAAAAUGUUUUAAUUUGGCUGAUUGGUUGAUUUCAGCAUUGUCUCAUUUUCAAGAUUGCAACCUACUGACGUCUACCUCACUUCGUCGACAAAAUAUCGGGCAGAUUCGCUGGAUGGGACGAGGAUUUGGGCGUGCAGCAGUCCUGUUUUAUGGCCAAUUAUCCUUUGUGUUUUACGGAAGUCUGUCGUUGUCUUUUGCACUCUCACUGCAAGUUCCAAUCAAAAAGGCGUGUUUGACCGAUUUAGGUAAGGGUAGCUUCUUUUCAUUAUGCUGAAUAUCAAGUAUAUUAUACUUGAUGUCUGGUAUAAUAAAUUUUUUCUUCGGCUUUUAGAUGAGCAAAUCAUCAAGCAUAUGAUGGAGACGGAAGCCCUUGACCACAUCAUGCUGCGUUGUCGUCAGUAUCGCGGGUACAACGAGCUUAUGGACCAAAAGAAGCAUAUCGCCGGAGCUCCGAAAAGAGUUGUCAUAUUGAAAAAGUGGUGUAAGUUACGGUCUAAAGAUAAUCACCAAAGAAGUGUUGAACAUUUUGGACUGUGAUGUUACUGUUUUUCAGGCGGCGGAGCCUUUUGUCUUCCAUUAGCGGGCACUUUAUCCAUCCGACACCCAUUGCGACGAAGUUUUCCGAUCCAACACGUUGAUAUGCCUUCGAUUCGGCGGCUGACAUUGGAUGUGGUGGAUGAAUGUGAGCUUUUCACCUUUGUGCCAAUCAUUAAUAAGGACAGAAUGGACUUGGACACUCUGGAAUUCCUCGGAAUCACUGGGUUGGAGGUCAGAUUCCGGUCGUUUGCGGAGCAAGUUCUGGAUGUCGACUAUGUAAGUAAUUACCGCAGUAUGCUUUUCUAUUCGCCAUCUCUCGUUUUCGCUAUGUUUUUGCCGAAAAAAACCUUUUUUAAAUAUGAAAAAUUGGCUUUUUUUUCUAUGUUAUACUUGCAGGAUUACCGAGCGAACGCAGAAACUUAUUACUACUUGUGUGGAUCCAUUUUUUGGCUUCAGUUCUUCAUCGAGACUGAGGCAAUUAGUCUGGUGAAGCAGUUCGACAUCGAAAUUAUGGCCAGGAUCAAUGUGAUCUCGGCGGAUCUUCAUGCGUCCAUGGAGAAGGUGAGAAUUCAUUUUUUUUGGGUCAUAAAUUGUGUAAUUGCUACGCGAUUUGUUAGAUAAGAGUUAGAAUGAACAUUUUAGAGUCUGAAAGAGGAAGUUUUAGUUGUUUUUGGGGAAUUUGGGAGGAAGAUUAUGUUAUAGUAGGUACUUUGGGUCGUAAAUUUGUAAAAAAACAGUUUGUAAACCCCGAAAUUUUUCUUGUCAAGAGUUUCAGAGCAUUGGAAAUGAUUGUGAAAAUUUUUUACAAAUUUCUUUGAUCUAUAAAAUAAAUUUAUGAAAGUUUUAUGAACUAUUUUUUUGCUUUCAUGUCUAGUACCUGAUUUGCGGGCCAGGAGGCAACAAAUUUUUAAUUGGUUGAAAUUUUGAAAAAAAGUUGGAAAAAAAUUUUCACAACAUUGUAGGAUAUACAUUGACGGACCUGAUCCAGUGGCAAAAAACGUACCAUUUUGCAUCCGGGAAGUAUCAAAAAAUGCAGCAAAAUACCUCCCUUUCCAAGUGAAAAAUCUCCGAUUUGAAGGGCAUCCUCAAAAAAAGAGCGGGCGCCCUUUGGAAAUCGGAGUUUUUUCACUUGAAGAGGGAGGUAUUUUGCCACAUUUUUAUUACUUCCCGGAUGCAAAAUGGUACGUUUUUUGCCACUGGCACAGGUCCGCCACUGUAUAUAAUUCUUAGCGUUCCACUACUUUCCUUGAAUUACACAUCCGCAAGGGAUCCCUGGACUUUGAUUGGCUCCUCUUCGACGUGAACGGGCGAUCGCAAGAAUGGAAAUGGACCUUCGAGGAGUAUCGAAAAAUCGAUCAAGACGAGUUUUACAGCCGAAUUUUGUAUGAUAUCCAUCGAACCGCUCACGAAGACUUUGCCAAACGCCCCCGUCUCACGGAUAUCACGGGCGCCGAAGACUUUUUGUGUCAUCUUUGA